CCCAGGCCAGAGGAGCCCCACAGAGGGGGCGGGGAGGAGGCUGGUCCCUGCCGUAAAUGGAAGUGUCCCUUUAAUAGCUGCUGCCUGGCCCUGGCUCGCUGUGUCCAGUUCAGCUGUGGCAGCGGUUCUGGCUGUGUGCUGACUCACACCCAGCAGGAGCAGGGGCAGGAGCAGGAGCUGAGGGCAUGGGCUCUCCUGGGGCCGAGGCCUGCUGGGGGUUCCUGGAAUACAAAACUGAGAAGUAUGUGUUGACCAAGAACUGGAGGGUGGGUGCCCUGCAGAGGCUGCUGCAACUGGGGCUCCUGAUCUACGUGGUGGGGUGGGCACUCAUAGCCAAGAAAGGCUACGAGGAGCAGGACCUGGACCCCCAGGUUUCUGUCAUUACCAAACUCAAGGGGGUUUCUGUGAUCCAGCUGGAGGAUUUGGGGAACCGACUGUGGGAUGUGGCUGACUUUGUGAAGCCAUCACAGGGAGCGAAUGUGUUCUUCUUGGUGACCAAUUUCCUUGUGACACCACAUCAAGUCCAGGGCAGAUGCCCAGAGCACCCCUCUGUCCCUCUGGCUCACUGCUGGACUGAUGCGGAUUGUUCCGAAGGGGAGAUGGGCACUUACAGCCACGGCAUGAAAACUGGCCGGUGUGUGCAGUUCAACGGGACCUAUAGGACCUGUGAGAUCUGGGGCUGGUGCCCUGUGGAGAGUAGAAGGCCCGUGCCCAUGAGACCUUUGCUGGCCGAGGCCCAGAACUUCACACUUUUCAUCAAAAACACAGUCACCUUCAGCAGGUUCAACUUCUUCAAGUCCAAUGUCUUAAAGACCUGGGACAGCAACUAUUUCAAGCGCUGCCGCUACGACCCGCACCACAGUCCCUACUGUCCCAUCUUUGCAAUCCGGGACCUCGUGACCCAGGCCGGAGGGGAUUUUGAGGACCUGGCGCUGCAGGGUGGCGCUGUAAAUGUCUACAUCUCCUGGGACUGCCACCUGGACGCUUGGGACCCCGACUGCCAGCCCCAGUACUCCUUCCAACUGCUGGAGAGAAGCUACAACUUCAGGACAGCCACUCACUGGUGGGCAGCCUCUGGCGUGGAGGUCCGGAGCCUCUUCAAGCUCUAUGGGAUCCGCUUCACCAUUCUCGUCUCCGGGCAGGCAGGGAAGUUUGGGCUCAUCCCCACGACCAUCACGCUAGGCACGGGAUUGGCAUGGCUGGGCCUGAUCAAUGUCUUCUGUGACGUGGUGCUGUUGUAUGUGGACACAGAAGCCCCCGUCUACCGGGACGCCAAGUAUGAGGAGGCAAAGGCCCCAGAGAUGAACAUCUCCACCGAGCAGACGGACCUGGAGUCUGCACACCCAUCUCCAGAUGCCCAGGUGCCUUAGAGGGGGCCUCGCACUGGCCCCAUUGCUGCUGCUGCUGCUGGUAACUGCUGGUAG